AUGAUCGUACCAGUGACCGGUCCAUACGGUGCCGUAACCGUUACAGAUGAGGGAGUGAAUUCAGGUUUGUUUGCCGAGAAUGUGUCCAAAGUAUCGAAACAGUGUUCAGAUGUGUCACCAAAACGUCUCAAACCUCUGGAAGUCGUGGCAGACGUUACCAAAGAGGAAGAUCUUCAGAGACUUCUCGACACAACUAUCAAGACUUUCGGCAAAUUAGAUUUUCUCGUCAAUAACGCGGGUUUUUUACAAAGAAGUGGUAUUUGUGAACCCGAUUAUAUUGAUAAAUGCAAAGCAAUAUUGAAUACAAACCUAAACUCUGUGUUAUAUUUAACUCAUAAAUCGAUUGAAUAUUUGGAGAAAUCAAAGGGAAAUAUAAUUAACAUCUCGAGUAUAGCCGGAUUACGAUCUGGUAAAAACUCAUCAGCCUAUCACAUGUCAAAAGCAGCGCUGGAUAUGUUUACCCAAUGUAUGGCCGCAGAAUUGGGUGUCAAAGGAAUUCGGGUCAAUUCAGUCAAUCCCGGUGCUGUUCGCACAAACAUAGUCAGGAAUUUCAACAUAACUAAUGAGCAAUUAAGCGGAAUGUGGGACAGUAGGGGCGCAAAAUACCCGGUUGGCCGGUGUGGUCAAGGUAGCCCUAAUCACGGGCUCGUCAAGUCCGUAGCCACGCCGUGUUCAGAUGUGUCACCAAAACGUCUCAAACCUCUGGAAGUCGUGGCAGACGUUACCAAAGAGGAAGAUCUUCAGAGACUUUUGGACACAACUAUCAAGACUUUCGGCAAAUUAGAUAUUCUGGUGAACAAUGCCGGCGCCGGCUCUUUGGUCGCUAUAACUGACGAGAAUUUCAUCAAAAAUCACAAAUGGGGCAAACUCUUCACGUCAUACUGUAUGUCAAAGGCGGCGCUCGAUAUGUUCACCAAAUGUAUGGCCGCAGAGUUGGGGGUCAAAGGGAUUAGAGUUAAUUCAGUCAAUCCGGGUGGAGUACGUACCAAUUAUGGCCAGGCUAACUUUGGUUUAAAUAAAGACCAGGAGACUGCUAUGUGGGAUAAAUUUUGUGCUACAUAUCCGGUUGGACGGGCUGGUGAGGGUUUGGAUAUUGCCAAUGCUAUUGCAUUCCUGGCCAGUGAUCAAGCUGAGUUUGUGACUGGUACUAUAUUCGUGAUCGAUGGCGGACACAUUGCCGCUAAUGCUAAUAUUGAACUCUAA